AUGCAGUCCUCGUUGCUCCCCCGCGUGCGAGCGCAGCCAUUCGCAAAAUGCCGUUCUCUUACUAGCAGCUUUGUUCGUCCUAGUAGGGCGAUGGGCACUUACGCUACUUUCAAGGUGCCUCGCAUCGACAAUGAACCUAACAAACACUAUGCCCCUGGCUCGCCUGAUCGCAAAGCUCUGGAAGAUGCCCUGGUCAAGACCAAGCAGUCUGCUCCUCUGAACGUACCGCUUGUGAUUGCAGGCAAGGAGAUCAAGAGCUCGCAAACCUUCACACAGCCCAACCCUGCCUCUCGUGCCCCGGUGGCCACCUACUCCAACGCCACCGCCGCCGACGUUCAGGCGGCUAUUGACGCGGCCCUGGAGGCUCGCAAGUCGUGGGCCGCUACAUCGUUCGCAGACCGUGCGAGCGUCUUCCUCAAGGCUGCUGAUUUGAUCUCGACCAAGUACCGCUAUGACAUUAUGGCGUUGACCAUGCACGGACAGGGCAAGAACGCCUGGCAGGCGGAGAUUGAUGCUGCCGCUGAACUGUGCGAUUUUUUCCGGUUCGGCGUCAAGUACGCUGAGGACAUGUACGCUCAGCAGCCUGUUCACCACGCUCCUGGAGUCUGGAAUCGCGUUGAAUACCGUCCCCUCGAAGGUUUCGUCUACGCCAUCAGCCCCUUCAACUUCACUGCCAUUGGUGGUAAUCUGGCUGGCGCCCCUGCUCUGAUGGGCAACGUCGUUGUCUGGAAGCCGUCCCCUGCUGCCAUCGCGUCCAACUGGCUGGUUCACCAGAUCCUUUUGGAGGCCGGUCUGCCCAAAAACGUCAUCCAGUUCGUCCCCGGUGAUGCCGAAGAAGUCACCAACACCGUACUCAACCACCGCGAAUUUGCUGCCCUUCAUUUCACCGGAAGCACCGCCGUAUUCCGUUCCUUGUACGGAAAGAUCGCACAGGGUGUCGCCGAGGGCAAAUACCGCAGCUACCCUCGCAUCGUCGGCGAAACCGGUGGCAAGAACUUCCACCUCAUCCACAAGUCGGCCGACGUCCGCAACGCCGCCGUGCAGACUGUCCGUGGUGCCUUCGAAUUCCAGGGCCAGAAGUGCAGCGCCACCUCCCGCGCGUACGUCGCAUCCUCCAUCGCCGACCAGUUCCUCGAGCAGGUCGUGUCCGAAACCAAGCAGCUCAAGAUCGGCGAGCCCACCGACUUCACCAACUUCUGCGGCCCCGUCAUCCACGAGGCCUCCUUCAACAAGCUCUCCCAGGUCAUCGAGGACGCCAAGAACGACUCCGAACUCGAGCUCCUCGUCGGCGGCACCUACGACUCCUCCAAGGGUUGGUACAUCCAGCCCACCGUCUACCGCACCUCGAACCCCGACCACCCUCUUCUCUCGCGCGAGCUCUUCGGCCCCAUCCUGGUCGUGCACGCCUACAACGACGCCACAGAGGCCGACUUCUCCAAGAUCUGCGAGAAGAUCGACCAGAGCGGCGAGUACGGUCUCACCGGCUCCGUCUUCGCGCAGGACCGCGAGGCCGUCCGCGUUGCGGAGGAUGCUCUCCGCAACAGCGCGGGUAACUUCUACAUCAACUGCAAGAGCACGGGUGCUGUUGUCGGCCAGCAGCCCUUCGGCGGUGCCCGUGCAAGUGGGACCAACGACAAGGCUGGCAGCGGGAACUUGCUCUCGCGGUUCGUCAGCCUGCGCUCGAUCAAGGAGGAAUUCGUUCCUUCUUACAAGGUCGAGUAUCCCAGCAAUGCGUAA